AUGGCAAGGAAUCUGUUCCCAGUACUGCUACUUAUUUGUGUUCCAAAACACAGUCCAGGCAAACACUUGCUCCGCUUCUUGACCUUCUGUCAAAGGGACGUGGUGGGUGAUGGCCAGUAUGAUAUUGAAUUCGACGGUGAUCAGCUCCUCUACGUUGACCCUGUCACCUAUCAGGCAGUUCCACGGCUCCCAGAGUUUGCGGACCAGUGGACCCCUGAUCCUGGACUGGCCGAAGACGCAUACGUGUCCCUGGGUACCUGCAAGUACAACAUCCCACGUGCCAUAAAGAGAGAAAAUAGUCCCCCAGAGGUCAUAGUCAGUCCUACCUCCAUGAUCUACCCGAAGCAGGACGUGGAGCUCGGGGUCCCCAACACCCUCAUCUGCUUUGUCAACGACUUCCAUCCGCCUGAGGUCAACAUCACCUGGAGCAGGAAUGGGCAGCUGGUGGACCAGAGUGACGUCAGCCGGACUAAGUACUACUCCAACAGCGACUUCAGCUUCCGCACCGCAUCCUACCUGAAAUUCACCCCGCAGGAGAACGACAUCUACUCCUGCAGCGUGGGCCACAUCAGCCUGCAGGCGCCUCUCUCCAGGUUCUGGGAGGCUGAAGAACAAACAGACCGGCAGACUGUGGAGACAUCAGUGUGUGUGUGUGGUGUGAUCCUGGGGUUGAUUGGAGUUGUCACAGGACUCUGGUUCAUCAUGAAAGCCAACAAGUCCCACCGAGUGUAACACGCAUCGAGACAAACACCUGAAUUUCAAUGAUAGAUGUGUGAUUGUCUUUUUGCUUUUUUUUCUCCUUGUGUUUCUUCCUUCAGGAGUGAGAUUCCUCUUGGUCCGUGUCAG